AUGAGCUACGGUGGUUACGGAAAUCGUGGAUACGACUUUCAAAGAAGAGAUCGCAUAAAUGAAGAUGAAGUUCCGGAGUCCAAGCAUACCAUUUUCAUUCGUGGUUUGCCUGGAGAUACAUCUACAGACGAAAUAAAAGAGUAUUUCGAGGAUCGGAUUGGACCAGUGUCUUUCGAUUUUGUUAAAACGAGCGCUGAUCAACAACGGUUGUUCGUAGCCGUUCGCUUCGAAACAAGAGAUGAUGCCAAGGAAGCAAUGAGCAAGUACAGCGACAGUGAACUAAUGGGAUAUCGUUGUGAAUUAACAUGGUUCAAGGAUAUUCGGCGGUACGCACAGUAUCAAAGUCUUAAUCAACAAAGGCGCGGACGUCCAGCACUUCGUAGAAACUACCAGUACAACACCAGUAGAGAUCGCGGUAGAGACCCGGCCAAAAGACGUUAUUCUGAACGGGACGAUGAUAGGAGUCGUUCGCGUUCAAAAGAGAGAGGCCGUUCCUCAAGUUAUAGUCGAUCACCUAGUGGAAGGUCUGGGGAGUCGUCAAGAAGUCACUCCAAAAGUAGUGGGCGGGCAGCUAGUGAGGAGAGAAAUCGGCGAUCUUCCUCCAGAGACACAAACUCAGCACAAGGGUUGGGUCGCGAGAAAGACAACGAAGGCGAUCCAGAUCGUAAACGCCGUAAGAAAGAAAGAAAACAAAAGAAGUCGAAGAAGAAGCGUAGUGGUUCUGGCUCACGGAGCUCUUCGGAAGAUCGCUCAUCAACACCGGAGCAAGCAAUAUUUGGACGUCAUGCUCCUGCCGGCUCUCCAGUAUCGCCUAAUCAAGAAGAUUCGCCUACGGCUGCAGCUGCAGCUAGCGCACCACCUCCUAAUAGUGAAACAGCGCAGUCAAACUCGGAUGUUGCUCCAUCACCUUUUCCUGCAGCACCUAUUAUUCCUUCGCCACCAGUUCGAUUCCCGAUUCGCAUUCAUACUCCUGCAAGUGUAAUAAGCAAUACGACAUUUGCAAUUGGAAUUGACUCGGACGAGCUGCCCCGUAAAGUUAUGCGUCACAUGUCCCCAUCUGCUGGUGCUGUUGUGACCCCUCCUUCAGUUGCCGCAGUUGCACAGGAAGAGGAAAAGCUUGAUCAAGAAAAGCAAGACACAGUCAUGACAGCAAUGGAUCUACCUCCUCCCCCUUGUCCACCGUUGUUCAAUAGCGAGAAAAGGGCAAAUCCCAUUUUGUGCAAAUCGGAAAAGCAGGAAAACAAGCCUGCUACACCACCAUCCGAAGUGCCUUCUGCUCCCUCUUCUGUUCAACAGAGCACAAUUUCAUCUCUAGUACGAAAUGAUGGGCCACCACCAUCUAAAUCGGCUACUUCUCGUUUUCCGACAACGGCUCGUCUAUUUACCCAGUUAAAGGAGAUACAGUCUACGAUUAUCAAAACUGUUAAGGCAGAACCGAAGUCGAGCGAAGCCUCUGGUGGUCUUAGACUUAGCAGCUUAGCUACUUGCCAACAAGACAGUGAAGAAGAGAAACGUACAAUCAGAGAAAACAGACUGUCAAAAUUGGACGAAAUAUCUCUUGAGAGGUUCAUGGUAAAAAAGAAAAAGUUGGAAGAGACUUUCCGCGGCGAUUGUCAAACAUAUGCGUUUGUGACUAGAAAGCUUAUUGAGAAGGAUCCUUCACUAGAAUCGCAACUACGCAUCGCUCUGAUCGAGAAUAUGGAAGAUCUCGAAAAGCAGGUCUACGAACAAGUUGAUUGUUUGCUACCCUUUUUUUUAAAUCGAAGAGCUUUUGCUUAA